AUGGCAUUCAAUCAAUUCAUCCAAAGCUUGGACCUCAGCAACAACGAGGCCCUCAAAGUCCGGACCCUACUCGAGUCCCAAGUCACCGACAGCCUCGAGCAGGUAGCCACCAGCAGCACUGGCCAGAACGUGGCGCUAGCAACCUCCACCGCAAAGAUCGUCUUCCGCGAGAACAUCGGCUGGAUAGGGUCCGAAUCCGAAAACUACAUAGCCACAUGCGAAACAAACUGCCAAAGCGCUCCGCGCAUCAUCACCACACUCAAGGUUCCCUUUGCAAUCCGCAGCGGUGGCCACAACCCCAACCGGGGAUGGGCCAGCGCCGGUGAGAACGCGAUCCUGAUCGACAUGAACCGCAUCUGCGAUGUGGUUCUUAGCCAGGACAAGAAGACUGUAGAGAUUGGCCCCGGAAACCGCUGGCAGAAAGUGCGGGUUGAUCCUUGGGGGAGGGUUCCGAGUUUCUCUAGCGAGUAUGGUCUGGCGUGUGAUAAUGUGCGAGCUUUUGAGGUGGUGCUUUCGGACUCGUCGAUUGUCAAUGCCAGUCGGACGGAGAAUCCGGACCUGUUUUGGGCAUUCAAGGGCGGCGGUUUUAAUUUUGGUAUUGUGACCAAGUUCACCUACUGGACCGUUCCAAUUGAUAAGAUCUGGUUUGCCGCCCGUAUUUACGAACCCUCGGCCAACGGUCAAAUCCUCAAGGCAAUUGAGGAAUGGCAAAAGGCUGCCGAGAAUGAGUCCCGGGGAUCGAUCAUCCACCAUAUCGGACACAGACGAACGCUGCUAGGAUGGAUCUACUCCUCGCCUGUGGAGUUCCCUCCGCUCUUUGAAAUGUUCUAUGACAUUCCCUAUGAGUCGUGGUUCGUGGAGUCGACCAUUGGCACUAUCCUUGAUUUCACCAAAAGCACAUCAAACAGGGUUCUAGGAACACCGCAGAAGCUGAGACGCGAGGCGUUUGGAAUGACCACCCGGCCCAGUGCCGACUUUUAUACUCUGGCAUACGACCGCUGGCGUCAGGUUACGGACGAGCUCUAUGGACAGACUGGGUGUGAUAUGGGCAUGGUGGUGCAGCCACUGACCACAUCCGCGAUGAAGAUCGGCCGGGAAAACGGAGGAAACGCCCUGAACACAGCGGUGGAACCUCAACAAUGGAUGUCCUAUCUGGCACAGUGGGUGAACGAGGACGACGACGAACGCGUUCGGAAAGCGGUGUUUGAAUUGCGUGAUUAUCUGAGAGAGAAUGCUGCACAGAUGGGCAUCUUACUGCCGUUUGUCUUCAUGAAUAAUGCGACUUUUGCGCAGGAUCCUCUGACCGGUUACGGAGCUCAACAUAUUGCACGGAUGAAGGAGGUGAGCAGGAAGUACGAUGCCGAGCAGGUGUUCCAGACUCUGCAGGGCGACGGGUUUUUGCUCCGAAAGGUCUAG